AUGCUUUGCAGCAACUUUCUCCCUCUUGUCACUCUUCUAGGCGCUGCUGUCGCUCAGAAUACUACUCUGCGGUAUAUGCCCUUCGGGGAUAGUAUUGAGAUUAUUUGCUGGAGAGCUAUGCUCUGGGAAAAAUUGAAGCCUACCGAAUGGGGAUCUGUCAACUGGGUUGGAUCCGGCAAGACGGAAAACAACUGCGGAGAUACCACAUACGACCGCGAUAACGAGGGCCACUCCGGUUUCUUGGCCAUUGAUAUUGCUAAUAGAAAGCAACUAGUUGGCUGGCUCCAGACGAACCCGGCUGAUGUUAUCACGAUGCAUCUCGGAACCAACGACAUCGUACAGCAGAACAAGCAGGUGCCUGAUAUCAUUACAGCUUUUACGACGCUGGUAGGCGUUAUGAGAGACAGCAACCCUAGCAUGAAGAUCAUCGUGGCUCAAAUCAUCCCCAUGGGACUUGGCAGCUACAAUACUCAGAUCCAGAACCUGAACAAGGCCAUCGUCACCUGGGCCGAAGGGCUCAACAAGACUGAGUCACCCAUCUGGGUUGUCGACCAGUACAAUGGCUUCAGCGCAACCAGCGACCUCCGAGAUGGUGUGCACCCUAACAAGGCUGGAGAUACCAAGAUGGCGGAUGUCUGGUACCCGGCUCUUGUCCAUGCUUUCGAGGUCGCUCAGGCGGAGAAGAAUGCCGCGGCUCAGCCGCGCGUACUACAUCCGACACCCGACACCCACAACUCACCACCUCGUCACCACCCGCCGCCCUCAACUAAGACUUAG